CACUCUGUAUAUCCCCCCCUUCGGCAGAUGUGUCACUGUGAGCUCAGACAGACCAUCAGAGGAGUCCACCUCCUCCAGCAGCGCACAAUGAUCCAACUCUUGACCAGCUGUGGGUCGAAUCCAAACGGAUUAAAUAAAGUCGUCUGUUCCUGAGAAGAAAAGCUGUUAAGUCUUUUUUUUUUGCAGCAGGAGUGUUCACAAGUUGAAGUUCCCAUCGCGGGAUCUGCCUGUCCUGGUUUGAGGGGAUUCCCCUCAGUGUUCAUCCACCAGCUCACCUGCACAAGCCAAACCAUGCGCUCCCGGGCUGCGCUCCCCCGGUUUACUUCCCUCCUAUUCCUCCUCUUCCUUCCCUCGGUUUUCUCCGCCUCCUCACGCCCCCAGUGGGUCCUACAACGUGUCCCUGUGGUCCUCCCACAGCAGACGGAGGCUCGACCAGCCCCUCAUUUCCUGUCUCCGGCCCGCUUGGAUGUCAGUUCCCCCUGUGACCCUGAAUGCCACAAAAGAGCCCCUCGCCCGAGUUACUGGGACCUGCGGCGUCUUCUGGCCUAUGAGACACUCCACUCUAAUGGUCAACUUACUGAGACCGCAAUUGGGAUCUAUGGCUACAGCCCCAGUUCGAACACCAGUCCGGCGUACUCCGCAGGGUCGUCUGGGAAGGCUGAACGGUCACAUGUUAGGAGAAAGCGUCAGAUCUUCGGCCACGAUGGGCGUUUUAGCAUUGCUGGGCAGGACUUCCUGCUUAAAUUUCCAUUUUCAGUGUCUGUCAAACUGUCCACUGGGUGUUCUGGUACAUUGGUAGGGGACCGUCAUGUUCUCACAGCUGCUCAUUGCGUGCAUGAUGGUAAAAACUAUGUGAAAGGAGCCCAGAAGCUUCGGGUUGGGUUUCUUAAACCCAAGCAACGAGACACACAGCAAUCGUCCUUUUACCUUCGCUCCAACUUUACCAACCAUGCUGAAGGUGGCGCUUCUCCCUACGCUCCACCAACCAACGACAAAAUGAAGUUCCAGUGGAUCAGAGCCAAGCGCACCCAUGUUCCCAAAGGAUGGAUUAAAGGGAAUGCUAAUGACAUUGGGAUGGACUAUGACUAUGCUUUGCUUGAACUCAAAAAACCCCACAAACGCCGCCACAUGAAAUUAGGAGUCAGCCCCCCGGCGCUGAGGCUGCCUGGUCGAAGAGUUCACUUCUCAGGAUUUGAUAAUGACCGUCCGGGCCAGCUGGUGUAUCGGUUCUGUCAGGCAGGCGAGGAGACACCCGACCUGCUGUACCAGCACUGUGAUGCACAGCCUGGUGCCAGUGGAUCAGGAGUCUAUGCUCGGAUGUGGGAUGGGCGGCGCCGACGCUGGGAGCGGAAGGUGAUAGGUGUGUUUUCUGGGCAUCAGUGGGUGGAACGACAAGGGUCAUCUCAGGAAUUUAAUGUAGCGGUGAGAGUAACACCUCUCAAAUAUGCUCAGAUCUGCUAUUGGAUAAAAGGAAACUUUGUGGACUGCCGAGAGGGGUAAGGAAAAGGUGGAGACUAAGGAUGACAGAGGGGUGUAGCCACAAAACCAUAGGACCACUACAUCCUCAUAGAUCAUACUGCAAUAUUGGGGAUACAAGAAUCUACACUUUACACCUGACUACUUGUAGCACUGACAUAACAUCGAGAUAAGUUUUGUUUGUUACCCCCACACCAAUAUCAGACAAAUCCAGUAAUGACACUAAAUUAUGUAAACAGGGCGUGUUGGUUUAAUUUCUGCUUUAUUUUGUAUUUUUACUCACACUUCUAAACUAUGAAAAGGUUGGUGUUAACUGAGUAAAUAUGACAUGUGGCUUUGCAGAACAGAAGGAGAAUUAUCCACUUCUUGGAACAUUUAUCUGGAUAACAAAGUUAUCCGGAAGAUCAUCAGAUCUGGAACAUGGACUGAUGUAAAAACAGGCCCUUGGAUUAAAAGGAGCAGGGCUGGGAAAACUGUUUUAUUAUGCAUGAUAGCCUUUUUUAAUAUUGUGCUAAUACUAAAGAUUGCAAUGUUAAAACAAAAACAAAAAAACUCUUGAAGUUUUUCUACUGAAAAUGAUUUUUGUGGAUGAAUGUACGAGUCAGCUACCAAAGGUGCCAACAGUUUCUCUCCAAACCAUCAUGUAACUCCUCUCAGUGGACAUGCUAUUAGCUACAAGCUCAGAAACUAACAAUGUUUUGGGAGAACAUUCAAUGUGUUACACAGAAUGAUAUUAAAUGAUUGCAGAUGGCUAUUGUCAAGGGUGCAGAUUACACGUUAUAUGUUGAAUGUUUAGCUCCCUCUGGUGGCAAAGACACAGCAUUGCAGUCUACAAUGAGCAUUAUGUUGACUUAGCAUAGACCUACAUAAGCACUUUUUAUUUUUCUCAUUUAACAUUUGUGAAAUUGCAUUAUUUGAGUUUUAGAAACUGAAUACUGUGGCAAACUUAAUGAAAUAUACGCUUUGAAAUAA